UAUUUUACAUGUAUUGGUGUUGGUCUCAGCCAGUGUCAACAAUUCAUGCAACAGAUGGGAGAGAACUGCUUACAAGUUUAUGGGAGUGCCCUCUCUUGCGCUUUUCCAAUAAAUUGUUUGUAGCAACUACAAUGGCGUCCGAGGCUGUUAUUGUCAUUCCUUGACGUGCUCGGACUGCUCUUAUAAAUAGUCUAGAAUUGAGCAGUUUUUCUAACGAAUCUUGUUUUGAACCUAAUGAGAACUUUUUGGUAUAAAGCUCUAAUUCUAUCUGUGAUAUGCUCAAAACAUUCAGUGUUUGCGACCUUCAAACUGUAGGCUACCUUUUUCAAAACUCGCAACUGUAUACUGAUGUGAUGUCGAUGACGGUUUACAGUUGGGCGUCCUUUCAGUUGAGUUGAUAGGCUACCCGUCUUCGUAUCUUGGUCCCUGGUGAAAUUAGUACUUAGUAUCGAAGACUGAGAGUGAAACGGAAAACAAGUGAAAAGGAGAGGAAGAUGAAUCCAGACCCUGAUGAGCACGUCUACCCUGGUCACGAGGACUUGCAAUGGGGAGGGGGAAUCAAAGAAAAAAACAGAGAGAAGAAGCCAUCUUCCAGGUAUUGGGCUAUCAGUGAGCAAGCCCGGAAAAUGAUACCAGGAGAGAGCCAGUGUAAGAUGUUCUGUGGGGGAAAGGCCUGCAAGUAUUGCACUGCUGAGCUCUGGACUCCUGAGCAACAGGCAGUGAAAGGGCUCUAUUCUGAAUGGGUGACAGACAACAUCUUAGCUAUGGCCCGACCUUCCAACCUCAACAUUGACAAGUACAAGAUGAUUGAACAGUUUAAAGAGUUAGGGAUUCAGACUGUUAUCAAUCUGCAAGAGCCUGGAGAACAUGUAUACUGUGGAUACGGCAAUGACUCAGGCGGUUUCUCUUACAGCACCCACAAUCUCAUGGAGGCAGGACUAUUUUUCUACAACUUUGCAAUGCAAGAUUACGGGGUGGCCCCAAUGUCGACAUUGCUGGACAUAGUCAAGGUCAUGCAGUUUGCUGUCUCCCAGGGCAAAGUAGCUGUUCAUUGCCACGCAGGACUUGGGCGAACUGGUCUUAUUAUUGCCUGCUAUUUGAUAUACAACAAUCGGGUGAAAGCUAGCAAGUCCAUUCAGUAUGUUCGCUCACGGAGAAAAGGAUCCAUCCAGACUAAGCAGCAAGUGAAAACUUGCCAUGAAUUUGAGCAGUACCUGGAACCAUUCUUCAUCAUUUUCCCUUCAAAGAUUCAUGAUGCCCUCGAGUUUUCUUUUAGCCGCUUUCUUAUACGACAGAGGAAUUUACUUCAUGGUUAUGAAGCCCGCAAAUUGAAACACAUUCCAAAGAUUGUAUAUGUGAGCUGUGAACGACUCUUGGAGCUGUGUGGCAAAGGGAAAGCUCUAGAAUCUCUUCGAGCAGCUGUCAUUGACCCCAUUCCACCGGAUCUGAUCUCAAUUGCCAGUCAGAGCUUGUCCAAAGAUUCCGUUUUCUCAGAAGAUUCAUCUUUUCAAAAUAAUCUAGAUGGUGAUAAUGAUAAUGACAGCCCACAGCAAAGGCUAAACAGAUCCCAGUCCCAGAAAAGCUAUUUGAAAAGCAUGAGAGAUUACCCUAAUGUUGAUUCUUAUGAGCACACCAGAAAAAACAGUAACUCAUCAACUAAGGCCAAAGUUCAAUAUUCUUUGUCCGCCCCCACCAAUCUAAAGCCAAGUGGGAUCUCACCUGAUAGAAGCUCUGGAAUUUCCCCACGCCAGAGACAGUCAAGUCCUGGAAAGUUUCAAGACGAUUCAAAAACAAUGAGAGAUGCAGAUGAGGAUGAAGAAGAGGAUGAUGACGAUUGUAUUGUAUAUGGUCUCAGCAAUGAGCAGAUGGAACUUGCGGCACAAAAAGCUGAAGAAGAGUUGAGGAAAGCAGAGGAGGAAGAAAUUAAAAUGUUCAAAGAGAGAAAGCUGUCUUUGAGAAGCUCCAAACUGAGUAUCAAGAUGAGUGUUCGAGAUGUUUGCACUUCUAUUCUCACGACAGAAUACUCUGAGCAGAAAAGAAAGGCCAUUGAUAGCAUAGAGACUGCCCUCAACAAAUCUGAUGAAACCUGGAAAUUGUUGGCCUCAGAGGAAGACCCAGAGGUUGUGUCUGCAGUCAUGUGGGAUUGGCUGGACCAACUCAACGAGCCAAUAUUAAGAGCUCAGGACGUAUCAGUGCUUGUUGAAAACUACAAUGAUCCUCAAAGAGCGCUAAUGCAUAUUGAAAAGAGUACCAAGCAUUUUCUUGAGUAUCUGGCUCGAGUACUGUCCAAACUACAGACAGGAUCAUCUCAUGAACACCAAGCUGUGGUCGAGAGGCUGUUGUGUCACCUGUGUCAGAAGCGACUGGGUUUGGGUUUGUUCCCAUUCUCUGGUACUCAAGCUUAUGUGGAGGAGGAGAAACAUGACAUCUCAGAGAGAGUUUUCAAACUUUUUACCGAACUCAUACAUCUGGAAAAGAAAUAGCAUAUAUUUAGACUUGAUUGAUAAACAAGGCACAGGAAGACCAACUGGAAGCUAUACAGGCUCAAUAAGGGAUGAAGCAAUUACCCAGGGAUGUGCAAAAAAUCGUCGAACGGGGCCAAGGACUGGCAAGCAUGGCGUUAACUGCUCUCCGCCUUAUGUACCUGACGGUAUAGGGAGAGAGUAAGUAAGUAAGAUAAACGAGGCGGAAAAGUGACGAACAGUGAUUGGUACAGGUUAUGAUGGUGUUCAGAGGGAAACAGUAUUGUGACAAUGCUGUUUAUAUGUAUGCUGACAUCUUACUACAAAGGAAAAAGUCAAGGAGGAAAACUGGAAAAAAAAAGAA